CGGGCGCGGCGGCGGUCGGUGGCGGCGGCGGCGGCAGCGGCAGGAUGACGGCGAACGGGACGGCGGAGCCGGUGCAGAUCCAGUUCGGGCUCAUCAACUGCAGCAACAAGUACCUGACGGCGGAGGCUUUCGGCUUCAAGGUGAACGCCUCGGCCGCCAGCAUGAAGAAGAAGCAGAUCUGGACGCUGGAGCAGGACGGGGAGGACUCCAGCGCCGUGCUGCUCAAAAGCCACCUGGGCCGGUACCUGGCAGCCGACAAGGACGGCCGGGUGAGCUGCGACAGCGAGGAGCCCGGUCCCGACUGUCGCUUCUUGGUGGUGGCUCACGGCGACGGGCGCUGGUCGCUGCAGUCCGAGCCCCACCGCCGCUUCUUCGGCGGCACCGAGGACCGUCUCUCCUGCUUCGCCCCCGCCGUCUCGGCCACCGAGAAAUGGAGCGUCCACCUGGCCAUGCAUCCCCAGGCCAACCUCUACAGCCUGGCCCGCAAGCGCUACGCCCACCUGGGACCUCGCCGCGACGAACUGGCCGUGGACCGCGACGUGCCGUGGGGCGUGGACGCCCUCAUCACCCUCCUCUUCGUGGAGCAACGUUACAGCCUGCAGAGCUGCGACCACCGCCUGCUGCGCUGCGACGGCCGCCUGGUCCCCGCCGCCGAGCCCGGCACCGCCUUCACCCUCGAGUUCCGAUGCGGGAAGGUGGCCUUUCGCGACGGGGAGGGUCGCUACCUCGCCCCCUCGGGACCCAGCGGCACCCUCAAGGCGGGCAAAAGCGCCAAGGUGGGCAAGGACGAGCUCUUCGCCCUCGAGCAGAGCUGCCCGCAGGUCGUGCUCCGAGCCGGCAACGACAGGAAUGUCUCCACCCGGCAAGGGAUGGACCUCUCGGCCAACCAAGACGAGGAGGGUGACCAGGAGACCUACCAGCUGGAGAUCAACAAAGACACCAAGAAAUGCGCCUUCAGGACCUACACUGGGAAGUACUGGACCCUCACCUCCAACGGGGGCAUCCAGUCCACUGCCUCCACAAAGAACGCGAGCUGCUAUUUCGACAUUGAGUGGUGUGACAAGCGCAUCACCCUGAAAGCUGCCAACGGCAAGUAUGUGACGGCGAAGAAGAACGGGCAGCUGGCGGCCUCCGUGGAGACGCCGGGAGAGACAGAGCAUUUUGUGAUGAAGCUGAUCAACAGGCCCAUCAUCGUCCUCCGCGGUGAGCAUGGCUUCAUCGGGUGCCGGAAGGUGACCGGCACCCUGGACUCCAACCGCUCCUCCUACGACGUCUUCCAGCUAGAGUUCAACGACGGGGCCUACAACAUCAAGGAUGCCACUGGGAAGUACUGGAUGGUGGGGAGCGAGUCGUCCGUCACCAGCAGCAGCGACACCCCCGUGGACUUCUUUUUUGAGUUCUGCGACUAUAACAAAGUGGCUAUCAAAAUCAAUGGCAAAUACCUGAAGGGCGACCAUGCCGGGGUCCUCAAGGCAUCUGCUGACGCCAUUGACGCCUCCACCCUCUGGGAAUAUUAAUGCACUUUAGCGUACCUCCCAUUGCCAACUUUCCUUUCCCCUACUCCGUCCUUUUUUUUUCUUUUGGGUUUUGUUUCUCCUCUCUGUAAAAGGAUUUUCAGACCGGCUUGCCCUUCCCUCCCGCCGUAGAGUUGGUGUGUUAUGUGGGAGGUGGGUCUCCAUAAAUCGCUGUAAGAACUGGAAAAGUGAUGGGGCAGCCUGCCUAUAGCUUUGUAGCGGGGUCUGUCUCUAUCUCCCCCUGUCCCCCGCCCUUCCAGGUUUGCUGGGCUUGGAACCUGCUGUACCCCGCUCCCAGCCCCGAGCAUCACCUUAGGUAGUGUAUUUUCCUCUCCCUGAUUGAUAAAAGGGAAUAAGAUCACCUCUGUGCUCACUUCUGCCAUAUCAGCGCUGGCACCUCCUCCGUCUGUGCCGCCUGUGUCCCCCAGAGCACCCACCCACCCUGCCCCGCUCCAGCCAGGGACAGAGUGGUGGUGCUGGGCUCAGCCGGCUCCUCCCGGCUCCCCCGGGCAGCUUGUCUCUGCUCCUGGCUCUCAGGGCAGGAUCCAUCCCCAGCUGAGCCAUAAGAGGUGACCUUACAUAUCACAGCAUCCCUGGGGCCAGGGCUGGCGUGUGCUGGCACGUGUCCCCGCGGUAGGGCCAGCAAGGCACCCUCCCCCUAUGCACCUGGAAAUGAUUUUUUUUAGGGUGAUCCUGUCUGGAAAGCCUCAGCCUUUCAUCUCGCGGAGCCCCGUGCUCCUUGUGUCCCUCUGCCCCUCCUUGUGCUUCUGGCUCUGGAGGAGCAUCGUAGACCCCAGUGGUGGGUCCAGCCUGGCAGGCGCCUGCCCCGAGGCUGCUGCUGUGCCUGGGAGAGGAUGGCGUGGGGUGGGGGAACACGCAGAGCGAGCCUGUGCUGGGUGGGGGGGGGCUUCAUCCAGCCCACCUCCAGUGCCGGCAGGCUUCGGUCCUCGCAGGAGCCUGGCUGCCCGAUGCAACCUCCCCUGGGCGGUGGCUGGAAGCAUGAACUGCAGAUUUUGGUUUACAGAAUAGAAAAGUUCCUUAGCAAACUUUGCACAGUGAUAUUUGCUCAGUACCUUUGGGGUUUUUUGGUUGUUUUUUUUUUUUUUCUCAUAAAGUACUGGAACAGUAAAGCAAAUCACUGAACACCUAAUGCUGAAUUAGGAUGCGCCCAUUCCCGUGGGCUCCCCCAAGGAGGGCAGCUCCCGGUCCCGCUGCCCUCGGGGCACCUGGGCUCAGCUCUCAUGCCAUCACAACCCUACUGGAAAAAAACAAAAAGAAAGAAAGAAAAAAAAAAGACCAAAACAGUAUUUUUGUUAGUCUCUAUUUAUAUAUGCUCUCCAUGGCACUGUGUUACCAGCUGUUGUCUGUACUAGGUCUGCAUUAGAGUAUAACGCUGUUUGUAACGGGUGAUGCUGACGUGUUCGUUAGGGUGUUGAAAGGCACUUUAUCCUUUGGGGCUGGUAUUUGCUCCCUGCAAACACACCAAGGAGCCUUUUCCCCCGUGGGGCCCCCGCUGGGGAGGGAGCGCUGGUUCCAUCCCACACCAAGGGUGCUCGUGGCAUCGCUGCUGUGCCAAAACAGGGCCGGUCCCUAUUGCCGGAGGCAAGGCAGGGGCUUGUCAGCCUUAAAGCCAUGUGGAGGGAUAACCCUCCGUAGGAGCUUGGUGCUAAACUCCCAGCUGGGAGAGCGAGCGAUCCGUCCCCUGCCGGGGGGGACGCUCGGGGCCGGGGUCCCUCGCCGGCGCAGGGGAUCCCGGCCGGGACUCUACCUCGGCUCUGCGCUCACAUCCAGGGACUGCCUGCGCCCGCCCGCCCGGGGACCACGAUGCUCCUCAAAGGACCGAGUGUCUUGAUGAAGCCCUGAGUGACCCUGUGACUUUGGCACACACUUUUCGCUGGCCUUCACCCCCCUGCCCCCGUGUCGCUUCCUCCCCGUCCCCCGUCGCAGUUCGAACCAUGUAACUCCCGCUCCGGCUUCUUCCGUGUGACACUAGGUCAUCAUCUCUCCUGUCUCCUAUCGGGUGUCGUGACUCUGAAAACAUCUCACUCCAAAAACUUAAAGUUUUGGGUUUGUUCGGUUUUUUUUUUUAUUAUUAUUAUUUUUUUUGUAAGUGCCAUUUGUAUAACUUAAAAAAAAUAGCUUCAAAUGGAGAAAGAUGAAUAAAGAAAAAUAAAAUGUGCAUUCGGAUACAA